CAAGAAGUUUUGUGUUGUACACAAGCACAUGGCAUAAAACAACUUGCACUUUCAUUUUGCAUUUUGAUUUACAUACCCUUACACCGAAAAUUCGCGGUUCCAUGUUGAGGCAGCUAUUAAUCGCUCCUGUUGGUUCGACGAUAGCUAAAAGUUACAUAAACUGCUCCAGCAAACAAGUUUUCAAGUGCUUCUCAACAUCAUCCCGCUCUGCGAUGUCUCUGGAGCAGGCCAAGAAGAUUGCCGCGUUCAAGGCGGUCGACGAGUACGUCCGGAACGACACGGUGGUGGGCGUCGGAAGUGGUUCCACCGUGGUGUACGCCGUCCAGCGGUUGGCCGAACGGGUUAAGGCUGAGGGGCUGCGGUUGGUGUGCAUUCCGACGAGCUUCCAGGCGAGGCAGCUGAUUAUUGACGCCGGGCUGGUGUUGGGAGAUCUGGAGCAGAACCCGCGUAUUGACUGUGCGAUUGACGGGGCGGACGAGGUGGACGCGGACAUGGUGCUGAUCAAGGGCGGUGGCGGAUGUUUGCUGCAGGAAAAGAUCGUGGCUUCGUGCGCCGCCCAGCUGAUUGUGAUCGCGGACUACACGAAGGACUCCAAGCGGCUCGGCGAGCAGUACAAAAAGGGAAUCCCCGUCGAGGUCGUCCCGAUGGCGUACGUGCCCAUCCGGGAUCGCAUCGCGGCCAAGUUCGGUGGAAAGUUGCAGCUGCGGAUGGCCGUUGCCAAGGCCGGUCCGGUCGUAACGGACAACGGAAACUUUAUCCUCGACUGGCACUUCCCCGACACGAUCGUGAACGGGUGGGACGAAAUCAACCGGGACAUUAUGAUGAUCCCGGGGGUGGUGGAGACGGGACUGUUUGUCAAAAUGGCCACCAAAGCGUACUUUGGACUGGCGGAUGGAUCGGUCAUCGAACGAAGUGCCUAAACUCUCCCAGGAUCGUAUACAAUUCUCACUCAAAGUUUAUUUUCCACGAUUUCGUGUAUGUCUUUUUGUUUUUCAACUUACUUUUUCGCACUAUCCUCAAUAAAUAUAUGUAACAAAAGCGAAAGCGAAAACAAAAUUAACAGCCAAUGAUGACUCGAAGAGAAGAAUAUGGCGCCGAGGAGGGAAAUGGGUUGAUGAACAGGUAGAUCGUAGUAAGAAUCUAAAAUGCCUUCUUGUUGCGCUCCGGCAGCAGCGAUUCCUUAGCGUAGUUGAAGAGCGAAAGCAGACCGAGCUUCUUCCGGCUGGAGAAGUAGUUUGUCACGAUGUCGUUGUCACCUGGGGUACGAGAUAAGAAUGAAAUUAUUAUUUAAUAUGGAAAUAUUAAUCAUCAAUGCAAAAUUUCAGAGAAU